GAUGAACUCGCCUCUGAGGUCUCUCACCCAUCUAUCACGUGGUGUUACAUCAGUGUAUCAGACCCUGCUUUUCAAACUCUCAGCACUCGUAGCAGACACAGUUCUCCUCACUUGGUCUGAAAGUAAUAGACUUAUUUUCACCGUCUUGGGUGAGGAUGCGAGCCGGUGUGAUGGAAGCUCCGAGGGUGAAGGUGUUCCUCUUCUUCCUCAUCGCUCUGCUCUCUCUCAAUGUGAAAGCGGAGGAGAAGAUGUUGGACAUGGCUCCUGAUGCAGUAGACGACGACUUCUCAGACUGUCGAGACAAAAUGCUGAAGGUUGUUCAAGACGACUUGCUGCAGAAGGAACUCGCUGCUGAGGAACAGUUUAAGGAAAUCUGGAGUAAAAACAGUAAAAUAUGCAGGAAGAUGAUUUCUGGUGGAACACCUCUUCACACGGAUGCUCUACAGGCUUAUGGGAAUUCUAAGACAACUUUUAGAAAAAAGUUCAACGAUUUAGUUUAUAGCAAAGGAAACAACAACAUGACCUACAGAGAGAAAUUUAACUUCAAGUCUCUUCACUUUCUCCUAACAGACUCUCUGAGACUGCUGAAGCCUGAAAACUGUAGAACUGUGUACUAUGGCACUAGUAACAUAUACACAGCAGUUCCAGGAACCCAGGUCCGAUUCGGAAAGUUCAUCAAACCCACAUUCAAAAAGAGCUCUGCAACUGAAUUUUUAGAAGAUGAAGGUUCCUUGUUCAUUAUCAAUUCCUGUUCUGUGGUUAAUGUUGAGGAGAACACGUGUAAAAUUGAGGAAUUUGAGGGUCUUAUUUCUCCAGCUGAGGUCUUCACAGUGCAGAAGGUUGAAGGUUCUGAGUACAGAGAAAUCACUUUAAAUCACUCACGCUUUCUCAGCAAUCAUCACUGCUCCUUCUUCCACAGGUCAGAUCUUCUUCCUGAUGGUUCCUCAGCUCCUCCACCGAGCUUCAGGAUGCUGCUAGCAGUGCUGACCUACAUUCUGUCUAAUCUUCUGCUCAUGUCCCUGCUCUAGAUGGCAUCUUUGUUUUGAGGUUUCUGAUUAAUGAGAGUGUGUAAUUUUCACUUUUAAGCUUAUCCUUUUCUUUAGAGUUUUAUAUAAACCUGCUAACCAUCUGAAUGAUCUCAGUGGUCAUUUGGACCUGUGCUGGGUUUCCACCUGCUCUGAGUCUUGUGUCCAGCGUUAUAGUGAAGUUUAACCCCAGUGGUGUGUGAGGGGCAGACUGAGGGCAGGUCCAGUGCUGAUCAUCUCAGCGAGCUCAGGUCAGGGAUACACUGCUGAUUAAAGGAGACUCCUGGUAGAGUUAUUUCAUCAAAUUCUUCUAUUUUCUCAAGUAUUUUGAACAUUACAUCAAAUUCCAUUUUGCAGCAAAUAAAAAAAUAUGAGGAAACA